UCCUAGAGUCUAUGAGAACGUCGGUUCCCGUAGCCUACUCGGUGUUGCUGGUUAGGCUUUCUCAGCUUCUCAGUUAGGAGAGAGCCUUUUUCGGGGCGAAGGGAUAGCGGAGCUUCCCCGGACCGCCCAGCCCCAGUCAGCCUUCGUAAACCGACACCCGUUUGCCACCUUUUACCCCUUCUCUCUCUCUCUAAAUGCGGUUGUUGGAGGCGUUCGUUCAGUUAUCUUUGGAUAUGAAGAACAAACAUAGCCAACACCCGCAGAAAUCGGUGCCCGAUCAAGUCGACGUGCCCAGCUUCGACGUCUCCCUUCAACAGCUCAACGACCUGCUGACGGACGAAAGCGGUUUUUACAACUGGCCGACCAAACACUUUCAUGAGGUUUACCCGAGGAUCUACGUCGGCAACGCAUUUGUGGCGACAAAUACGAUGCGCCUCAAGCGCCUGGGCAUCACGCACGUCCUGAAUGCGGCGGAGGGAAACUCCUUUAUGCACGUCAACACCAACAGCGAGUUCUACUCCGACACAGGAAUCACCUACCACGGUGUGCCGGCCAGCGACACUGACCACUUCGACAUCAGCAUUUACUUUGAGGAGGCGGCAGAGUUUAUCGAGAAGGCCCUGGCAUACAAGAAUGGAAAAGGAAAAGUGUACGUUCACUGCAGGGAAGGUUACAGCCGGUCCCCGACCCUGGUCAUUGCAUACCUGAUGCUUCGCCAAAAAAUGGAUGUCCACUCAGCUCUGGCCAUGGUAAGACGGAAAAGAGAGAUUGGACCCAACGAUGGCUUUCUUCGACAGCUCUGCGGGCUAAACCUGAGGUUGGCAGCUGAAGGGAAUUUCUUGAACAAAUGAACAACGGAGAUAGACUGUAACAGAGAACAAAGUGCUCACACUUGGCGUAAUUUUUGUGCAUCUACAGCUUGAACAAAUCACAGGUCUGUAAAGAAACAUUCUUGGAAAAAAGUAGAAAAAAGAGUGUGAAAUUUAAAAAAAGAAAUGUCAUAACUUAAUCAUUUAACUUAAUUUUACAGCUAAUUUAGGUAAAUGCACUUUAUCUCGUACAUCCUAUGACCAAGUAAAAUCUGUGAAAAAUGUGCUCUACCAAAUAAUUGAGCAGGAAGUUAAAGGCUUAAGUGUGAAAUAUGUUUCCAGUUACAAUUUUUCAAACGUGACUCUCUGAGCUAAAUUUAAUUAUUUUUGUAUGGCAUUGCAAGCCUCAGGAACCUUAUCUUUAAAUUGGUUUGGUUUCAUUUUGUGCUGAAAACCCUAAAAACCCAAAUGAUGAUUUUCUAUUAAAAAGGCCCAUAAAAAAUGUUACAUUAUAAGCCCCCCAGUAGCCCUUAAAUCAAUAGACAGAAAGGUUGAAUAGCAGCUAAUGAUCCUCCCUAUAGUAGAGAGCACUGAAAAUAUGUGGUAUUAUGUCUAUAAUAUAAUUUGUAAAGUCUCACACUCUACAUUUACUACAUAUAUUUAAAUACAGUAUUUAUGGGUCACUCCACCAAAUGGGUCCUAUUUGUUUGUUGCAUAUCUCCAAAUUAAAUACAUUUUAAAUAUAUAUUUCAGCACUGAAUCUAAUAUCAAACAUAUGUAACUAUUCAAAAUGUACAUUGGUCAUUCUAAAUUGACUUUAACUGACUCUUUUACCAAGUCUUUAAGCCAAGGUUUAUUGAAUUUUAUCAGUCUUUUUAACAACAUUCGUAGGAGGCAAGUUUUACAGCAAAUAUUUAUUUCUUUGUUCACCAGUCAAUAAAGUGAUUAUUUUAGUAGAAUGGCCAAUAAGAUGUUCUAAUACUUAAUAUUUGUUACCAAAAAAAUGCCUUUGUAUACACAGAAGAUACAUUUUUCCUAAUCAUCCAAAGGUACAUUUAAAAAGACCAAGCUCAAGUUAAAUGUAUUAUCAUUUAACAUAUCAAAUAGUUUAAUAAAUGAUGGACCUAAAGAAAAAUUCCAAAUAUAAAUGGUAGGUCAACAUAAAAAUAGAUAACUGCCACUAUCAAUGUCCUUCAAAAGCUGUCUCGUUUCUCCUCCCCCUUCCUGGCAUUAGCAUUCCCACUCUCCUGUAGACACUGCCAACUAUUUUAGUCCCAGCUUCUUGCGGAGGAAGAUAAACUGGAAAGUGUGAUUUUUCUAUAAAGACUCAGACUUGUUUUUAGCCUAAGAACACUUGUCUUCUGUGUGUAAGUGAAUUGCACUCAAAUCAAGAAGAAUGCCUGAAAAGGAUUUCUUAUUAAUGUGUUUCUUGAGAUAUAUACUUUAUUUGUAUUGAUAAAUAUCAUUGGUCAUUAUUUGAAUAGCAGAAAAGACAAAUAACAGUCUGAAAAGAAUUAGAUUGGAUAUUCAGCUGGAAAGUCAAACUUUUGCUGCUUUAACCAAGCUUAGUAAAAUAGCAGCUUAGUUUACUUAGUUUUAGCUUAACUUUUCUAGCAUAGAAUGAAGAAAAUUUAAAGUAAAAUGCUUAAAUAAAGCAAGAGUUAUAUUGAAAGUUGUUUUGACAAUACACAUGUUAAAAUAGUUAAUAUGGUGUUAAGAAUGGCACGUGUGGUUAUUUAGCUGUGAGCUUAACCCUUAAUCUCUUUUUUUUUGCACUAAGAUAACUCCUCAAAGCAGUCAGAUCAUCAUUUUGAUUAUUUUCAAGAACAAACUUGAUGAAAAGAGAUGUUCUUUUUCCACUCUACAUUUUUACAUGUAGGUAUAGCACUGCCAGUAUGUUACAGACUUCAAAAGUGAGAAGGUAACAUCUUAGUGGUCAAUUUUUGCACAUUAGUAUGUUUACAAGUAUGUAUUUUCUUGUGAGUUUAAAUGCACCUUUUAUGUUUAACUGCAGCAUGCUCUGUAAUAUGUGUUUGAACCAAAGUGUUGCUUAUUGCCCUUAGUAGACCCAGCUGAUCUGUCUAUAAAUAGAGCAUUUUAGUCACAAUGCAUCAUUGUUCCUGUGAGCACUUGUGAGUCAUCUUGUGCGUUACUUAGCAGGAUGAGAUGCAGCCUGAUCGGUCAUGUCAGUAGGCUUUCAUUGAGUCUCACAGAUUGUGACACCGCUGUGAAAAAGUGCACUUUAUCUAAUGACACUCUGGAUUGUGGUUCUCCUGUUUUCAUACAUUCAGUAAUAAAUAAAAUGAAAAAGG